AUGCUUAAUUUUUUUUAAUCGAUUUGUUGCUUUUCUAAUCGAGAGAAACCUGAUAAAGCAAAUAGACCAAUUUAAAAAACAGCUUAAACAAUGUCUAUUUAACCUAUAAUAUCUGAGAAUACAUAGAGUUAAGUGUUAGAAAAUGAUAUUAUAGAAACGGAUUAAUACCUUCAAUUAGACAAUUAAAACUAUUUUGAACAAUUGGAGUAUAUAUACAAUGUUAUUAAAUCAGUUUUCAAUCUUCUAGUGAUUUACCAUCUACUUAAUAACCUUCUGACUUCAUGAUAUAAGAAGAAAGUAUAAACUACUAAAAUAUCAAAGAAGAAGUUAAAUAGAGUAUGAAAAAGGAAUAAAAUACUAUAAGAAAAGUAAGAUUCAUUUAUAUAUUUAUUAGAAAAGAGUUCUUAAACUUUGGGAUGCCACUGAAGAUGCUUAAUUACGUAUUCAGUAUGAAAAACAUAAUGGAAAAUGGAAUGAUAUUGCUAAACAUAUGCCAGGUAGAAAUGUUUCAUAAUGUUGUUAAAGAUGGAGAAGAUUGCAACCAAUUAAGAUUGUAUUUAUAUUUUUAUUAUUUCUAGAUUAAGAGAAAAUAAUGGACUUAAAUAGAAGAUGAAAAAAUACUUCAAUUAGUCUAAUUACAUGGUAAAAAUUGGAAAUUGAUUUCUUUACGUAAAAAUUAAUUCAACUAUAGUGCCUUAGACUUUCCUGGUAUUUUGAGUAAACAAAUUAGAGAACGUUAUAUAAAUAAAAUUGACCCAGAAAUUAACACUGGACCUUGGACUGAAUCUGAAGAUGCAACCAUCAUCAAAUUAUAUAAAGAAUAUGGAGGAAAGUGGAGUAUUAUUUCUUCUCAUCUCAAAGGGAGGCCUGUAAUUUUUAUCAAUAUUCAUCUUUAGGAAAAUAUGGUCAAAAAUAGAUUCUAUUGUUAUAUCAGAAGAGUUUAUCUUGGUGUCUAAAAUCCAUACUAAAUAGUUUAUAAUGAAAAUUCUGAUAGUGAAUAAGAAAACUCUAAUGAUGAAAUCGAGUUUGAAUGA